AUUUACUGCCGCCCUGUAAAUUUGUUAGUAGAGGCGGCCGAAAGGGAGUUCCGGAGAGCGAGGCGAUGGCGAGCGAGAAGAUGUUGGGCGGCGGGGCUUCGCGGACGUCCUAUCAGCGGUUUCCGAAGGUGCGGAUACGCGAGAUGAAGGACGACUACCUCAAGUUCGAGCUGCGGGACACCGACGUCAGCAUCGCCAACGCCCUCCGCCGCGUCAUGAUCGCCGAGGUGCCCACCGUCGCCAUCGACCUCGUUGAGAUCGAGUCCAACUCCUCUGUCCUCAACGACGAGUUCCUCGCCCACCGCCUCGGCCUCAUCCCUCUCACCAGCGACGACGCCAUGACGAUGCGCUUUUCCCGUGACUGCGACGCCUGCGACGGGGACGGCCAGUGCGAGUUCUGCUCCGUCGAGUUCUUCCUCAGCGUCCGGUGCGACUCUGACCAGACGAUGGACGUCACCAGCGCCGACCUCCAGAGCACCAAUCCCCGCGUCUGCCCUGUCGAUGUGGCGAUCGCGAGCGCUAUGUCAGCCGAUCCCGGCGGCUACGAAUCCCCCGAGCAAAAGGGUAUACUCAUUGUGAAAUUACGCCGUGGGCAAGAACUAAGACUUAGGGCUAUUGCUAGAAAAGGGAUUGGUAAGGAUCACGCUAAAUGGUCACCUGCUGCAACUGUUACAUUUAUGUAUGAGCCACAGAUCCAUAUAAAUGAGGAAUUGAUGGAAACAUUGACGCUUGAAGAGAAACGAAGCUGGGUUGAGAGCAGUCCUACAAAAGUUUUUGGCAUUGAUCCAAAUACUCAACAGGUUGUAGUUAUUGACUCAGAGGCUUAUACAUACGACGAUGAAGUCCUCAAGAAAUCUGAAGCUAUGGGGAAACCAGGCCUUGUCGAGAUUUAUGCCAAAGAAGACAGCUUCAUAUUCACCAUUGAAUCAACAGGUGCCAUCAAGGCUUCACAAAUGCUCAUCAACGCAAUUGACGUCCUCAAGCAGAAGCUGGACGCGGUGCGCUUACAAGACGAAGCAUCCGAUAUGAAUGAACUGACUUCGCACCUCGGAAUUCAGUCAAUAUAGAUGUAUUCUUCAUUCUCCUGUCCUUCCUCGGCAAUGCUAGGUAUUUUCUCCAUUUUUCUACUAGCUGUGAAAGGGCUUUAUCUGCGCAUUAUCUUGUUCUUUAAGUUUCAAUCAUCUGAUUUAAGUAUUAUUAGGUAAUUAUGUUUGAAACUUGUAGUUAACACUAACUUGAUGAUCAUGAUGAGGACUCAAAGAUUGUCAUUGUUUUCCCUGGAUAAUUGUGUACCAAUUGAUUUAUUCAAAGUUGGUCUAGAUUUCAGUAAAA